GCGAAGAGUUUAAGUGGUGCCGUCUACUACGUACCAGAAUGCAACUGGUCGGGAAAGUGACUCCUGUGGUCCUGCUGCUGGUCGGUUGUGCCAUGCUAGUUCCACAAUCGGUAGAAGGUGCCCGGAUUCUCGGUAUCCUUCCGUCGGUUGGACGAUCACAUUACAUCGUUGGAGCGGGAUUGAUGCGAGCACUGCUGGACGCCGGUCAUGAAGUCACGAUCGUUAGCCCGUAUGCUAUGAAGGGAACCCCGGCUGAUCGGCACCGUGACGUGGUGCUUCCGGAACUGGCCGGUGGUCAUGGUGUCGAGGGUCCAGAUCUGUUUCAGUACAAAAGUGCCCCAAAUUUGAUGGUCCUCUACAUAGUGUACGCAGAAAUUGGUCCGUCAGCAUCGGAGCAGAUCCUGACUAAUCCAAAGAUGGUGGAACUGAUGGAGUCCGGUGAGAAGUUUGACGCAGUGAUCGUGGAAUCGUUCGCGUCCGAGGUCUUGUACGGGUUGGCGGAACACUUUGGCGGAGAGCUGAUGGUGUUCUCCCCGUUCGGAGCUUCCAUGUGGACGAACGAACUCGUCGGAACGCCGUAUCCGUAUUCGUACAUCCCGCACACAUUCCUAAGCUAUACGAACGAAAUGACAUUCUGGCAGCGGUUUGCAAACGCGCUUGUCGGGCACGCGGACAAGUUUUACUACCGCAAUGUGUACCUGCCCGGGCAGGAAGUAAUGUACCGGAGGUACUUCCCGAACGCGAAGAAAACAUUCGCCGAAACCCUGCAAAGUGUACGUUUGGCGUUUGUGAACCAGCACUUUUCGCUCAGCUACCCGCAUCCGUAUGCGCCGAACCAGAUCGAAAUCGGCGGCAUUCAGAUCGAGGAACCAAAGGCUUUACCCCGGGAACUGGAGGACUAUAUCGACUCGGCACCGCACGGUGUCAUCUACUUUUCGAUGGGUUCGAUGCUGAAGGGGCGCAACUUCCCCCAGGCGAAACGAGACGCCUUUGUGGACGCCUUCCGUCAGCUGCAGGAGAACGUGAUCUGGAAGUACGAAAACGAAAGUUUGCCGAACCAACCGCCGAACGUGCUAAUCCGCUCGUGGAUGCCACAGAACGACAUUCUGGCGCACCCGAAGGUGAAGCUGUUUAUUACGCACGGAGGACUCCUGGGGUCGACGGAAGCCCUGCACCACGGAAAACCGAUGGUCGGCGUACCGAUCUACGGUGAUCAGGAGCUCAAUCUGGCUCGUGCCGAACGGGCCGGGUAUGGAGUGAAGCUGGACUACGAAACGCUCAGCGUGGACACGAUUCUGGCCGCCGUCAGGAAAGUGCUGUCCGAACCGUCGUACUCUGUUGCGGCGAAAACCAUUUCCCAACGGUACCGCGAUCAACCGCUUGGGCCGGCAAAAGCGGCCGUAUUCUGGACGGAGUACGUAAUACGCCAUCGUGGUGCCCCUCAGUUGCAGUCGCCC